AUGCUCCACUCUCCGCUGAAAACAGCCCUGGCCUACGAGUGCUUCCAGGACCAGGCCAGCUCCACUCUGGCCCUGCCCUCGGACCACAAGCUGAAAACGAAGGGCACGGGAAAACAGCGGGUCCAGGAGCAGGUGAUGAUGACGGUGAAGAGGCAGAAGCAAAAGUCAUCGGUGUCGUCCAGCGUGGGCCACUCCAACCGAGGUUCCAUGUAUGAUGGUUUGGCUGAUGGAUAUGGCUAUGGGACAUCCCGGAGCUAUUAUGCCAAAACCCAGGCAGGGAACAGCAACUGGGGAUACCCGCUGUACAACGGGACCCUGAAGCGGGACGCGGAGAACAGGCGCUACAGCUCCUACAGCCAGAUGGAGGGCUGGGGCAGCAGGCACUACAGCAAGGCCAUCUGCAGCCCCACCAGGGCUGGCAGCGACUACUGCUUCGUGCAGAACAUGAAGAGCAGCCGCAGUGAGCCCGACCUCUACUGCGAACCCCCCCGGGGCACCCUGAGGAAGACCCAGGUGGGAGGUCGGGCAGAGCACAAGGCGACCUUGAACCGCCAGAGCAUCUACAGCAGCUGCAGCACCCAGCAAGGAACCACCAGGACCAGUAAAAAAAUGCCAGCACGAGCCCUCUCCUGCCCCUCAAGCAACAAGGCUGAUGUGGUCUAUGCCCAGCCCAUGAUGAGCUGCAAGCAGGACACCGUUUAUGGACAGGCUCAGUCCAGCUCCAAAAUAUGUGGUGAUGAGAUAGAUGGCAGCACGAUGACCAUCCAGAAAGCCAUCCAAUUUCUGUGCUCUUCUGAUGACAAACACCAGGCCAUGGGUGCUUACUACCUCCAGCACACCUGCUUCCAGGAUGAGUCUGCCAAGCAAGAGGUCUAUCGGCUGGGGGGCAUUGCCAAGCUGGUGGAGCUGCUCCGCAGCACCAACCAGAACGUGCAGCGCGCGGCGGCCGGAGCCCUCCGGAACCUGGUCUUCAAGAAUCCAACCAACAAGAUAGAAACCCGGCGGCAGAAUGGGAUAAGGGAGUGUGUGAGCCUCCUCAGGAGGACAGGGAACACUGAAAUUCAGAAGCAACUGACAGGACUGCUCUGGAACCUCUCCUCCACUGAUGAAUUAAAAGAAGAGUUGAUACAGGAGGCCCUCCCCGUCUUGACAGACUGUGUUAUCAUCCCAUUCUCUGGCUGGUCUGAUGGCAGCUGCAACAGGACAAGAGAAAUCAUUGACCCAGAAGUAUUCUUCAAUGCUACAGGUUGUCUGAGGAACUUGAGUUCUGCAGACAUGGGGCGCCAGACCAUGAGGAAUUACCCGGGAUUGAUCGAUUCUGUCAUGACCUACACCCAGAACUGCGUGGCCUCCAACCGACCUGAUGACAAGUCUGUGGAGAAUUGCAUCUGCAUCCUGCACAACCUCUCCUACCGCCUGGAUGCUGAAGUUCCCAACAAAUACACCCAACUCAACCACAUGGCCCGGAGUGUUUAUAUGGACAAAACUCUCACAGGCUGUUUCAACAGCAGGAGUGGUAAAAUGGAGAAUGAUGAGUAUGGUGUCCCCCUUCCUGAGGAGGAUUUUAAACCCAAAGGACCCAGCUGGCUCUACCACUCUGAUGCCAUCCGUACCUACCUGUCCCUGAUGGACCAGAGCAAGAAGGAUGCCACCUUGGAAGCUUGUGCUGGAGCUCUGCAGAACCUCACUGCGAGCAGAGGGCUGAUGUCCAAUGCAAUGAGCCAACUGAUUGGUCUGAAGGAGAAGGGGCUGCCCCGCAUCGCCCGGCUCCUCCAGUCCAACAGCUCCGACGUUGUUCGCUCGGGGGCUUCUCUGCUGAGUAACAUGUCCCGGCACCCUGUUCUCCACAAAACCAUGGCUCACCAGGUGCUCCCAGAUGUAUCACGUCUCCUGUCAUUCCAGUCUGGAAGUACUAACAGCUAUGGGGAGAUCAUGACAUCAGCUUGUUACACUCUGAGGAACCUCAUCAUGUCCAACCCACACCUGGGAAAGUCUUACUUGACAAGCAACAUGCUAAAUAAUGUAGUAAGCCUGUGCCGAAAUGGCUCCUGUCCCAAAGCAGCUGAAGCUGCUCGCCUCCUCCUGACAGACCUGUGGUCCAACAGGGAGCUGCAGAGUGUGCUCAAGCAGCAAGGGUUUGAUAAGAACAUGAUGGGAUCUUUAGCUGGGACGACCUUCAGGACCCUUUCCUCCAGAUUUUAG